AUGAACGGGGCCCUGAUCCCCCAUACUCCCAUCGCUGUGGACUUUUGGAGCCUGCGCCGGGCUGGUUCCGCGCGGCUUUUCUUUUUGUCGCAUAUGCACUCGGACCACACGGUGGGCCUGUCUAGCACCUGGGCCCAGCCCCUCUACUGCUCCCCAAUCACUGCCCACCUCUUGCAUCGACGCCUACAGGUAUCUAAGCAGUGGAUCCGGGCCUUGGAAGUCGGUGAGAGCCAUGUACUACCUUUAGAUGAAAUUGGUCAAGAAACCAUGACUGUGACCCUCAUCGAUGCCAAUCACUGCCCUGGCUCUGUCAUGUUUCUCUUUGAAGGAUACUUUGGAACCAUCCUCUACACAGGUGAUUUUCGAUAUACACCAUCCAUGUUAAAGGAGCCAGCCCUGAGAGUGGGGAAGCAGAUCCAUAUCUUGUACCUAGACAACACUAAUUGCAACCCAGCCCUUGUUGUUCCUUCUCAACAAGAAGCUACUCGUCAGAUUAUUGAACUCAUUCGAAAGCACCCACAGCAUAAUAUAAAGAUUGGACUCUACAGCCUGGGAAAGGAGUCCCUGCUAGAGCAGCUGGCCCUGGAGUUUCGAACGUGGGUAGUGUUGCGUCCUCGGCGUCUGGAAUUGGUACAGCUGCUGGGUCUGGCUGAUGUGUUCACGGUGGAGGAGAAUGCUGGCCGCAUCCAUGCCGUGGACCAUAACGAGAUCUGCCAUUCUGCCAUGCUGCACUGGAACCAGACCCACCCUACCAUUGCUAUCCUUCCUACAAGCCGGAAAAUCCACAGCACCCACCCUGACAUCCACAUCAUCCCUUACUCUGACCAUUCCUCCUACUCUGAACUUCGUGCCUUUGUGGCGGCACUGAACCCUUGCCAGGUGAUACCCAUUGUCAGUGGGCAGCCUUGCAGGCACUACUUUCAGGACAGCCUGAGCCCCAUGCUCUCUAUGCCCCUGAUUCCAGACUCUGUGCGACAAUACAUGAGUUCUUCCUCUAGAAAACAAAGAUUCCUCUGGCUUCUUGAAAGGAGGCUGAAGAAGCCAAGAACUCAGGGUGUUGUGUUUGAAUCCCUGGAGGAAAAUGCUGAUCAGUGUCAACCUGACAGAGACUCAAAGGAGCUCAAGGAAGAGAAUCUUUCUCCCUGGCCCAGGGACCUUGAGAAGCAGCCCCCUCUUUGUAGUUUGCAAAUUAAGAAACAGCUCUUGCCAGACUUCUGUGACAAAGAAUGGGAUAAGCUAGUCCCUUUCUCCAAGUCUCAGGGGAUGAUAACUCUGGUGACUGCCCCUGUUGGGUUGUCGGUACAGUUAAGGCCUACAGAUGAGGAGGUUAUCUUGCCAAAAACUGUGGAAGAAACUGGCAUAGGACUCCAUUUGGUAUCCACUAGAGACAGUGAUGGCCCGGCAACCAUAGGGACCCAGAGUGCUUGGAUGAGCCAGGAUGUCCCCCAGCCUCCCAGCAGCAGAGCUGCCCCUCUUCUAACUACUGAGUUCACAGGUUUGGCACUUAAAUACCUUCUGACUCCAGUGAACUUUUUUCACACAGAAUUCUGUUCCAGGAGGUUUGACCAGCAAGUGGAAAAAUACCAUACAACCCUUGCUGCAGUGGGAGUACAGAAUGACAGCCUUGUUUGA